ACGACGCGUCUUUUUGAGGAUCGACACACAUGAGAGCAGACUCGGCGGGCGGAUUGGUUACUAACUGACAGACGAAGAAGGAAGAAGGACGAAGUUUAGAAGAACCCUUUGGAACGUCGAUCAUCGGGCCCCCUCCUUUGUCCCUUUGUUUUUUUGGGUGGUCCCUGGAUCUGAUACCUUGCCUAGAUCAAAAGAUCAUUUCCGUCGAACACCCCUUUGCUGCCGCUGCUGGAAGAAGGAAGAAGUAGCAACCAUGGCCCCUUUACCAUUUCGAAAACAAGUCUCGUCGUCUACACCUAACGGCAGGACCGGUGAUGGAGCAGCUGCAACCUCCACGACUCCGGGAUCAUCGUCCGCCUCUACACCCCCGACAUCUUUCCAUGCCGCUUCCGCCUCCACAUCCUCUUCCUCAUCUUCCUCCACCGCCAAUGGGCUCUUCUUCAACUCUUCAUUGGAUCAUCCUUCCAUGUCAACAUCCUCAUCAACGACGGCCGGAGGCACGUUAGGCGCAUCGGGAUCAUCAAGUACCGAUUCACCCAAUCGUGCAUUUUCUCGACUGCUUCGCCGACGUCCAUCUGUCAAUAAUCGGAAUCUGCCUCCGACGGACGAAGCCCUGGUGAACAAGGAUGAUCCAUCGAGUGCUACUCCCAUCCCUCCGCCCCAUCUGCCAUCUUCCGCCUCCUCUUCUCACUCUGGAUUGUUCACAAAGUAUCGACCUGGAUCUUCCGGAAGUGUCAAGCAAGCUAUGGUCGUCUCCUCCGACAUAGGAAGUGAUAGUACCUCGUUCGACACCAGUCCAGCGGGUCAUCGUGGUGGUGGUGGUCAUAUCCGCGGCCAUAGCCCUGCGACGACGACUACGAUGACGACGAAAAGAUCUAACCGGAGCCAAAGGACAGAUCAUCCAUUCUUCAUUGCUGGCUCACAUACGCAUACUCUCGACGAUGAUGAUACAGAUCUGACUCCCGCACCCAUUUUUCACCAUUCAUCAGGUCUAUCACCUACUCGUCGAGCCAUGCCUCGAUCACCUAGAGCUCCCAAGUCGUCAUCUGGAGAGAGAGGUCCUCACGCAUCUACACCGUUAUCUUUACAACCAUUACGAAUCUCCUCUCACGGAUCCACAUCCGAAUCGUCCCCUACCACCACUUCUUCCUCCUAUUCUGCCUCUCAGACGUCCCCUAGACCUCCGAGACCUACAGUCACAGCCGAAUGGUUAUCUAGGAAACCCGUAUCUGGUCGAGCGAAAUUGGAGGGUCAAUUAGAAGGAGCAGCUCAUAUCCGAUCUUUAUCGGGCGGCGGCACUUCUUCAACCAAAGCCACGAUCUUCAAUGGUGCUGGGACAGGCUCUAGACUCGAUAGAACGAUCAGUCCAUCAUCAUCGGCAUCUAGGACAUCUGCUGGCGCUGACGCCGCUUCGACUUCGGGCGUCGAUUCAGAAGAUGGUCAAGUAGGUAUCAAAUCGUCUCGAAGACGAUCACACAUUACCUCGACACGAGAUGGAAGUGGAGGUUUUCAAGUCGAAGUCUUUUGCGUAGAUAACAGGGGCGAAAACGAUGAACUCAAAUGGGAAGUGACCAUUCGUCGAAGACCGCAGAUACCUGUCGAGGGUGAACCGGGACGGUCCACCGACGAUCUCGACACUAUAAACAAUAUCCCCAUACUGGCUCCCACAUCUCCUUUAAACCUCUCCACCACUCAAUCCGUCGCUCAAGCUCCUUCCUCUGCCAGUUCCAUCAACCUCUCAUUAUCACUCGAUCAACCGACGGGUAAACUCGUCUUUAUCGCUUUCCCAAUGGACCUCCACGCGACUCCCAAACGAAGACAUAGUAAACGAACGAAUGGAUUGUCUAGUCGUUCGCCCAAAGUCACAUCUCCAAGACCUCUCACCCCACCUCUUCACGCAGGUCCGAGAUCUCCAACCUAUCGUACCACCACCCCUCCACCUGUACCAGUCUUCGAACGACCCGCCUCAUCGAUUGUCACGCCUCCACCUGCUCCUAAUCCUAACGAUGCUUCACCACCUAGAACUCCACCUCAACCACAUCAUAAACGUAUCUCUCAAAACUCUUUAUGGCCUUCACCUAGUCGAAGUGGGAGACGGUCACCCAUCUUAAAUCAAUCACCUUCUGUCAUCCGAACGCCAGAGGUGUGGACACCGAGACGAUCGAGAAUGCUCAACGCGAGGGAGCUAGGUGGUGGUUUAUAUGCCAAAGGGACAGUAGAUGGUAUGAGCGAGGAGCUGGAGAGUAGUUGA